UCUCUAAAACGCAGCAUACCCCACUUCCUUGCGAUCAGAUCCACCUAAAUAUCCAAGGACUGAAAAUCAUCUGGGAUAUCUAAUUUGAGCGAGAGAAUAAGAUAUUUUAGUUACAUCUUUUCUCUCUUUUUCAUUGGCUUUUUAUUAUUAUUAUUUAUGCAUGGAGGGAAUCGGUGUAUGCCCACUUACGCAACACCGCGCUUCACUCGACAGCGGGAUCGCGAGGCAAGAGCGAAAUUAAAGCACGCAUUUUUUUUAUUACAUUUUUGUUUAAUCCCACUGAUUUCUGAAGGGAUUAUCGGACCAGUCAUGAUUGAGAGACCGCUGACUCGCCUGACACCGCUCGGAGCGACAAAGAGAGAGAAAGAGAGACUGAAAACACAUCCUCGGAAUCUGGAGAAACAUUAGGAAAUCUUAUUAUUAUUAUUAUUUAUCCAGUGGGACGUCGCUCUUCUUGCUGGUUGGUGACGUUAGUGUGCGCGCUGCAAUAACUGCACGCUUGACGCAGGUUUUUAUUAUGGAGGGUAACUUUAAUUUGUGCGGUUGCACCAGAAUUUAUGGUAACUUUCUUGUGAUGAUCGACGCCGGGAUUGCACGUCAAAGUGCGCCGUCUUCACCAAAUGUGCAGAAUCUGUUUGGACUUUCUUGUGCAUGACCAGCCAAUGGAGGAAGAGAAAGCAGCUGAUGAUAUCCAAGCAACAUCCAGUUCUCCUUUGCCCACUGGGCUUCCCAUUAACUGGGGACUCAUCACCGGGCCUGUUCCCGAGCCUGUUUUCCCAGAACCACCCUCUUUGAACGCUUCUCUUCUUCCCCCUACUCAAAGUUCAGCCGUGCACGCGCUACAGACCAAGGUGAAGUCACUUACGCAGAGAAGGUCAAGAGGAAGAGACAGGGAGAAAGACAGAGAAAGGUUUGACACAGAGGUGCUGGUGAGCAACCCAGCAGGGCACAUUUCAUCUGAAGUCCUCCUCAGACAGAGACCCAAAGGAAAAGGCCAGCUGUUUCUGCCUGCUCCCUCCUGGCGAUCAGGUGCUGCAAAGGACUUAAGCAGCAGUGAUGAAGAAGAGGAGGUAGAGGUACAAGUCAGGUGGGAGAUCCAUAGUCCUCCAGCUGAAGCACAAGUUAAACAGCAAGUGGGAGAAGAAGAAGAGGAAGAAGAAGAGAGUAUAGAAAAAAAUGAGGGCCAGGUCGGUCAUCCAACAGGUCAGCCUUGUGAGCUUGGAGAGGGUACCAGUCUGGAGAGUCUUCUCUCUGAUGACUCAAGCAUUAGCAAAGAUGGCCCAUCCCCUCCUCCUCCACUGCCUGUGGUCCUUCUCUCCUGCCACCAUCUCUGCUUCUACAUCUUCCUUUCUUCUCCUCAUCUUCUCCGUCAGCAAGACACUGGGCCCCUCCAAAGGGUUCUGGAGAGUAGCACGUCCAGAAACAUUGCUUCUCAACGGUUGUUUGGCCCUCACAAUAUACCCCCCACUUACCACUGAAGGACUACACUCAGACAGAGGCACUGGCGGAGCCUCAGAGGAACCUAAACCACCUGAAAGAGGCAACAAGAAUGAUGUGGGAGGUCAGGUGAAUGACUGCGAUGCGUCAUCUGAAAUAAAAAAUUCUGAUAGUGUGGAGUGGUUCGUGGACAGGUGUGAGCAAGAGGAGACAGAUAUAACUGAUCCCAGCAAAGGACUGUGCAGUUCAGACAGCUCAGAGAGCAUGUCUUCACAAAGUGGAGUCCUCUGUGCUGAUGAUAAACUGAAGGUGAAGGAGAGGGCCUAUGCAAAGUUAAGGGAAAGACAACAACACUAUAAGGAAGCGAGAGAACAGCACAAAGAAGAAUUGCUGGCUAUUAUGAAGAAACAACAUACAGAGUGGAUUAUAAUGUUGUAGGUGCCCAUGCUGUUCUGGACACUUCAGACUCAGCCAUUCUUGCCCAGGAACUUGAACCCUAUUAUAGGU